AUCGUCAUCAGCCUCGGGGAUACCCCUAAACCAGUGAAACAACAGCCCCUCGACGCAAUUUGAAAGGAAAAAAAAAAUCAAUAAAUAGGGUGUACGGAGGAUAACAUUGUGAGUGAGUGAGAGGGAGGAGAGAGCGAGAGACAAAAUACGAGAUACAGAGAAUUGAACGAGGGGGAAGAUUACUCUACUCAGUGGACUUGGAUUCCCUUCAUUUACGAUAACUGCAUAAGAUGGCGGUUGUCCUCGUAAGACGAUAUGAACGAAAAAUCGAGGAGAAGAUGGCAUUCGCAAACAUCGCAUUACCUAACAUUAAUGGCGCGCUAGAGAUCGGGCUCGCUGUCGGGACAGAUCCCACGCUAGCCGAUGAGCUGAAGCUCCCAGUGCUGUUGGCCAAUGGUGCAACUGACAACGACGUCUUCAGGACUAUGAUCGGAUGGGCAUUCAACAACGCCACUAUCAACGGGUGGGGGAGAAGGGCCCAAGUCGUGACGAUGUCUUCCAUCGCAGGCAUCUGCCAGGCCAAGCUCAUUCGCUACAGGUCUGGAGCCGUCGCUGGCGGGGGGAUGAGGAAUCCGAUCCCAGACGGAGACUGGCGGGCUGUUACGGUCCCCAUUCUACCCGAGGGGAACUCGUACGACAACGGCAUCGUGGCAGAGGCCCUCCAGGAGGACAACAUUCGCUCUGCCCUCGUAAUGAUCAUGGCUACGAAAGCCAACUGGUGGACGAUGAACCAUCACAUCGGACAGGGUCAGAUGGUGGGAUAUGCCAAGAAGUCGGACGUCUUCCUCACUGGGGUCGGAGAGAACAACCGGGCUCACCUGAUGAACAUGAUGGGGCACUGGGUAAGCACCAUCUACGUCCUCACACGCGCCGGGGUCGAAGGCCUAAGGAACACCGAGCCUGCAUGGGGUGGGGAGCCAGCUUUCCCGAUAACAUUCUCGGCAAAUGCAUCUUUACGCUUCACCUCAUGUCCAGCUGGAACCCACAGAAUGGCAGUAGGGUAUGCAGGAGCAAAGAAGCUCCUUAGGAAUAGGAUUGCCAUCCUGUGCCCCCAAGUCGACAACCUUGGGACUCUAGCCGACAUGAAGAGGACAGUAGAUGAUAACAGGGCCAUGUGCCAUGUGGGAGCUGUUUACUUGACAGGGGCCAGGCACCCAGACUACAACGACACCCAGGCCGAGGCAGCACUAGGUAGAGUUGGCACUUUCAUCCGCGCAUUCUUCCCGACGACAACCCUUGCGCAGUCGCCUCACCUUCAAGACGCAAGAGUCAGAGGCUACGAGGACUUUGACAUCGGCUGGCAGAACACCUGCAUGCAAGUGAAGGCUGCACAAGCUAGAGCCGGCGAGAACCUCAAUGCCUUCCUUGCAGAGGGAGGGGCGGGUGCAGCACCAGAGGUCAUGAGGAGAGUCAGGGACCAGUUUUUCCACUAAGGGCGGGCCUGAGAGAGGAUGACGACGACGACAGUGACGAUGAUCAUCAAGAUGGACCAGGGCAUGGGGGGGGAGGAGGUGGCCGAGGGGGAGGUG